GUGGAGUUGCCCCACACAACAAGUCAUGCUAGUCAUGUCUAGCAACACAUUCAAUACAUUUCUUUAACAUCAAGUCCAACACAAAAGCUGAAGGCUGAAGCAUGGCGCAACGAUGCGCUAAUGAUUGUCAAUCUGAGCAGCAGGCAAUGCGACGUCAUCGUCAGCAUCGAGAGCUGCACGGAGAUCAAGGACAUCAGGAGGCAUCGCAGGCUAAGCUACCGCCGGGUAAAUUGGGCAAACAGGUGCCACCCAAUAGCAUUGUCGGUGGCAGAUACCGACUGUUGAGUCCCUUGGGCUGUGGAUCCUUUGGGGAACUGUAUCGAGCCAUCAGCGUGCAGACUGGCGAGGAGGUUGCCGUCAAGUUGGAGUGCACCAAUGUCAGAUAUCCGCAGCUGCCGCGCGAGGGAAAGAUCUAUAAUAUACUGCGGGGUGGAAUUGGAUUUCCACGCGUCCGCUACUUUGGCACCGAGAGCAACUACAAUGUGUUGGUUGUGGACUUGUUGGGUCCCACUCUGGAGGAUUUGUUGAACUUUUGUGCACGCAGUUUUAGCCUGAAGACAACACUAAUGCUGGCCGAUCAGAUACUGGCACGUGUCGAGUACUUGCACAUGAAUUGUCUGCUGCAUCGCGACAUCAAGCCGGAGAACUUCCUCAUGGGUCUGGGCAGUCAGCGCACUCGCGUCUUCAUGAUUGAUUUCGGCCUGGCCAAGCGUUACUAUCGCCCCAGCAUCCGCAAGCACAUCGCCUACAAUGAGCGACACGAGCUUGUUGGCACCGCUCGCUACGCCUCGGUGCACGCCCACUUUGCGGAGCAGGGACGUCGCGAUGACCUGGAAUCUGUGGGCUACUUGCUGCUCUACUUUUUGCGUGGUCGCCUGCCCUGGCAGGGACUUAAUGCAGAGACACGUGUACAGAAGUAUGAGAAGAUUGCCGAAAGCAAAUCCACUUUGGAAUUAAGUGCUCUAUGUGCUGGGGUGCCGUCAGAGUUUCACAUUUACAUGAAAUACUGUCGCGGUCUGCACUUUACCGAGCAGCCAGACUAUGUGUUUUUGCGUCAACUGUUUAAGAAACUCUUUCGCAGUCACUUUCUGCUCUACGACUAUCUGUACGAUUGGGUGGACAUCAAGCUGGAGAUGGCUCAACAAAGGAACCGAAUAACUCAGAAAUACGAUAAGGAUAAGGAGCGAAAUCGAAGGAGGGAACGUAAAUCAAUGGCACGUCAGCCUCAUCAUCAUCACCCUCUUGAGGAGCAGCCGCGGGAAAAGGUUGGGGAGUGAGAAGUCGCCUUUUUAAUUAACUGCAAGCUAACUAUGUUUGGCAUGCUUUUAUCCAUUACCCGUUAUCCGUUCAACGUGUGUGUUGUUAGUCAGUGUGUUGGUGUGAGGAAGAUAAUGAUUGUGAGAGGGAGAGAGAUACCGACCGCCGUCUAUCCUUUGUUUAUCAAAUCAAUAGCUCAUCGCAUAAUUGGCAACCAUUCGGCGAACCUCAAACUCUCGCAACUUUUUUUGUCUCAUCAUCGCGGAGUUUUGUCUUUUGGUCUCCGUGAAAUCUGAAUACUCUUCUGUUAUUCAUAGCAUGUUUAGCUCACUCUGCUCUGCUAUACUAAUUGUAUAAUAGUUUGGCUAAUAUUGUUCUUUCAAUUUACUUUAUCUGUAAAAUUGUUGAUUUCUGGCAGUAUUAAAACACUAAAAAUAAUAAAAAAAAAUAUUUCAAAA